UUUUAGCAGUUGGUCACACAUUAAACUCUCGUGAGAUGUGAUCAGUGAUUUAAUGUUUAAAAAAAAUAGAGUAAGGCGUAUAGAGAUUUUAAUUUAAAGUCAAAGCAUAAAAAUACUUUAUCAUUUUAAUUACCUGGUGUAACCACGAAUUACCUAAGAUUUCUCGUUAAAAUGGUGCAAAAAGGACCUCGUCCUCUAGUUCUUUGUGGCCCGUCAGGUUCUGGGAAGAGUACAUUAUUGAAAAGGUUGUUAAAAGAAUUCCCUGACAAGUUUGGUUUUAGCGUGUCUCACACAACGAGAGGACCACGACCCGGUGAGAAAGAUGGAAUUCAUUAUCACUUUACCUCGAAGGAACUAAUGAUGUCGGCUGUUGAUAAAGGAGAGUUUAUUGAAACAGCUGUUUUUAGUGGAAAUAUGUAUGGAACAAGCAAGAAAGCUGUUGAAGAUGUCAGGCGUACAGGCAGAAUUUGUGUCCUUGACAUAGAAAUUGAAGGAGUGAAGCAAAUAAAAAGAACUGACUUGGAUCCUUUGCUUGUUUUUGUUAUGCCACCAUCUAUUGAUGAGCUUGAGAGACGACUUCGCAAUCGCAAUACUGAACAAGAAGAUGCACUCCAAAAGAGAUUGGAACAAGCUCGCCAUGAGAUUGAAUAUGGUAAGGAGCCAGGAAACUUCCAUAUUCUUAUUCUCAAUGACAGUAUAGAGAAGGCAUACUCAGAGUUACGUGAUUUUAUUGGAAAAAACAUGAAUAAUGCAGUUGAAGAGAAAGAUGCUUCAUUGGACAAGUAAGCAGUGCAUGGAUUUGUUAUAGAUAAUUGUAAUAACCCACACAUCUAGAUUUUACAGGAAAUUUGUUGUUUUUGCUUAUUAGAAUGUAUGCUGUUUUUAGUAGUAAAAAAAGGUAUAUCAAUUAUCUAUUUACAGAUUUUUAUCCUUCAUAAAACCUAAAUUAUUUCAAUUUAGGAUCAUAAUUAUAUUUGAUAUUGGAAAAAAUUAUAUCAGACAGAUUUAUUUUUCCUAAAAAUAGAUUGAACAUCUUAUUAAAAGAUAGAUAAGAAUAAUAUAAAGAAGUUUUUAUGAUGUUUUUGAGUUUGUAAGAAAUCUUGCCCCAAACCUGUGUCCAAACUUAAUUAAAAAAAAAAACUUUUUGAAUUAAAGUUAAUUAUAAACAUUCUAUAUUACUAACAAUAAGUAGACAAAAAGAUAGUCAUAAUA